UUCACCUCAGCGUUAGACUACCGAUAUCGCCUUCUUCUAGAAAUAUCAUAGGCGCAUUUUUUAACCACACAGAUGCGAGGUGCACCUGUCGUGUGCCAAACCAGCUGAUAUUAGGUAAUAGUAGUUGGCAAAUCGCCGUGGGAUUCAUCCAGCGCCUUUGACAGCCUACAUUGCGUGUGAGGAGAGGCGCAGAAUGCCGCUGCUCAUAAUGUGAUGAGCGCACAGACCGCAUCUAAAGCCGCUAUUUUCAGCGCUGGAAGAAGAAACUCGUCAAAUAGAAAUCUCCAGUCUCAGCAAGGGGAAAAUAACGACAUGGGGGAGCAGCCCAUCUACAGCACAAGGGCACACGUCUUCCAGAUAGACCCCAACACUAAGAAGAACUGGAUGCCCACCAGCAAGCAUGCGCUUACUGUUUCUUACUUCUAUGACAGUACUAGAAAUGUAUACAGGAUAAUCAGCUUGGACGGAUCAAAGGCAAUAAUAAACAGCACUAUCACCCCAAACAUGACCUUCACGAAGACGUCACAGAAGUUUGGGCAGUGGGCAGACAGCCGUGCCAACACAGUUUAUGGGCUGGGUUUCUCUUCUGAACAUCAUCUGUUCAAGUUUGCAGAUAAAUUUGCAGAGUACAAGGAAGCUGCAAGGUUAGCCAAGGAGAAAUCAGUAGAAAAGAUGGAGCUGGCAAAUUCACCCUCUCAGGAAUCACCUGCCGACAUUCAUUCCCCCUUGACUCCACCCGUCACCGCUGACCUCUGCCGAAUCAAUGGCACUGGCGAUGACGUCACCCUCUCUGACGUGUCGACCAAUUCUAUGCUUCAAUCAGAUUUGUCACCAACUACGCCAACUUUUGCACACAGCCCGACUACCAACAAACAUUGGGAAGCAGAACUUGCAGCACUAAAGAACAACAAUGCCAAGCUUACAGCUGCACUGCUGGAGUCCACAGCCAAUGUCAAACAAUGGAAACAGCAGCUAGCAGUCUACCAGGAUGAGGCUGAAAGGCUACACAAACGGGUGUCAGAACUGGAGAGUCAGAGUAGUCAAACCAAUGUGAUCAAAUCCCAGAAAACUGAACUGAACAAAACAAUAGAGGAGCUGGAGUGUACACUGAAGGCAAAAGAAGAGGAAAUGGUGCGAAUGAAAGAAGAAGUAGAAAAGGCCAAGCAGUUUCAGUCUCAGAAAGAUGAACUCACACGAAAAUUAGAGGAGACAGACAUAAGGAACAAAGAGCUGGAAGAACAGUUAACUGAUCUGGAGCAACGUCUGGAGUCAAGUCAAGUGGAUCAGGAGAACCUUCGCAAGAACCUCAAAAUCAUGCUGGAGAUUCUAGAUGGAAAGAUCUUUGAGUUGACUGAGCUGCGAGACAACCUAGCUAAGCUUAUAGAGGACAGCUAGACUGCUCCACCCCUCCACCUCAGAACAAGACUUUAGUGCUAAGCCACUGUCCUCCUUGAUCAAAUAAACAAUUCAGUCUGAGAGGGUCUUGUAUACUUUCAAGCCAAGCCUUGAGGAACCUUGAUGGACUCUUCUCACAGUAAACACUUAUUUGGUUGCACUUGAUUUUGUAUUUUUUAAGUGGGUUAGCUCUCUUCAGUGCCACUGCUACCUACCAAGUUUUGUUGUUAAGAAUUCUACUGUACUUUUAUUGUUAUUUUGAGUUUUACCCUGAAUUAGACAGCCUACAAAGAUAGUGUAGGCUCCUCCUCUUUUAAGGUGCUGGUUUUGUGUGCCAAGCUGUUGGCAUAAAUGGAUGUUUAUUAUGCUGCAGAGGACACUACACGAAUAACACUGACUGGAUCUUCAGUUGUAUUUUAAGACUGGACUUUCAGAGCCAUAUGUUGUUGCCAAAGGUUAUUGGCUUGCCUCUUCCCCUUCAUGAUAACUGCCUCAAAUUUCAGUCAAUGUUUCAGGAGACUCAAGCACUGACCUAAAAAUCUCUAUAUGUUUAUCUAACUAAAUGAGAUGUAGAUGUGACAUAUGCUUUAGGCCUGUAAUAUACUCUGAGCAAUAUUAUUGUGAGAUUAGUGAAAGUCAUCUCAAUGCAUCUGUCAGGUAUUCAAACAUUCUAAAGGACGAAUGUGGCUUGUUAUAGGUAAACUCUCUGGAUUUGACCAGUGUAAUGCUUUUGGAUCAUAUUGGCCUUAUAUUAACCUGUAUCUAUACAUUUUUCAGGACUCAGUAUAUUAUUGAAGACGAGGAUCUUCCUUUGUUUGUUGACUUACCAAAUGCAAUUAUGUACUCAAUUCCUUACAAUUUUCAAUAAUAUUAUUGUCAUAUUUAAAAAAUCCAUCCUGCUGAUGGAUAUUACAAUACAUAAAUCACUAUUAGUAUGAUUGUAUUUAUAUGUGGGGAAAAUUCUGUUUUAAAUUUCCCAAUGUUAAUAAAGAUAAUUUAAAGAUAUCU